CGGCCUGUAACACACUAGGGGCUGCCAGCUAUGAUGGCCUUUUGACCACCGCAUUACUGCACAAACGUAUUUAUCUCGAUCGCAAAGCUCAGUUAUGAGUCGCAUCACUAUUCUGCUGGCCGCCAUUGCACAAUGCGCAGCAUUGAACCCUGCCAUCAAGCUGGCAGGCAAGGGCAUGGCACUGCUCGGUCCCGUGUUCACGCUUGAAAACAAGCUGCAAGCGGCGGCACUGGGCCGCAUUGGUGGCGUCGACAGCGAAGAUGUCAAGCAGGAGAUUGCCGACGACAUCAAGGCGCCGUGCGUCAUCUAUACGUAUGGUUUGUCGCCGUUCAGCACCGAGGCGGUCGCGCUGCUCGAGUCGAAGGGUGCGAAAUUCGAGGUGAAGGAGUUGGGUUCGGGGCAGUGCACAAAUCACGACAGCUUCCGACGCGAGGCCUACUCGACGGCGUGGUGGGGCGGUUCUCGACAUUGGUUGAUUUGCACACAGGACCGGAGUGGUUUCUCUUGGGACCCCAAGCAUCCGUCAAGCGCGCCGAGCUCGAAGCGAUGACCGGUCAGAGUUCCUUGCCCCACGUGUUUAUCGGCGGCGAGCACGUGGGUGGUCUGGCGACGGGCCCCGGCAUCGCGACCCUCGACGAGGACGGCGAGCUCGACGCUCUGCUCGCGAGCGCGGGCGCGACCCAGAGCGCGGCGACGAGCGGCGGCGGGAAGCUGUUCGGGAUCUUCUAGAUUGUCUGUGUUUAAAAGUCACAA